AACGCGUUACACGGUGAGAAUAUACAUGUAUAUAGGUAUAUAUUUGUCUUUUUUUCUCUGUCAUUUUUUGAUCCAAUUUUACAAAAAAAAAAGAACAAACGUUGAUCACUCGCGGAAAUCUUAUUGAAAUUACGAGCUUUAGAUAAGACUCGAAGAUAUAAUAUUCUUUAUCAAUACGAUACAUUUUAUUAAUCCUACGUUUGAAAUUAACGAUCUGUCGAUUAUUAAAAUGAAAAUUUUCAUUAUAUUAGAACGUGUCUAUGUCAAUUUACAUACGUAUUUAAUUACGUCUAAUGUAUGUAUGUACGUGUAUGUAUAUGUGUGUGUGUUCGUAUAGAUGUAUACAUAUAUCGAAUAAAUAUUCGACGAUCUCAAAGAUGUUUACAUUCUUAUCAUGUGUAGUUUGAAACGAACACGCGGAGGUCGUUCGAACUCGGUCUCCUCUGUUUACCUCCCUACUUUUCUAGGAAUAAUACUUUGUCUAUUAAUAAAGGACGAAAAACUUCGUGACCUCAUGCCGGGAGAAAAAGAUAGACAGAGAAAGAAAGAGACACAGAGAGAGAGAGAGAGAGAAAGAGAGCACCGCACGUGUUUUCAUCGUACAAUUAAAAAGAAAAACUUUGUCAACAAGUACGUACAAGUCUCCUCACGCACAGACGAUUUUCUUCAGUCGUCCUUUAGACCUCCUGCCGUCAUCGUUCACAGUCCUAGUUUUCGUCUUUAAGUGUAUAAAAUGUGUAUACGUAUAUACGUAAGUACAUAAUAUAUAUAUAUAUACAUACCUACAUACAUACAUACAUACAUGUAUUCUGUCUCGUGUGCGUGAAAAGUGCGUCGAUAUUUAUUAAUAUCCUUAGAACAUGCGUAUUUUCUAUCUUCCUCGAAAAAUCGUCUAUUAUUUAGUUUCUCUCGUUUAUUAAAUAGAAAAGAAAGAAGAAAGAAGAUAUAUAUGGCGUCUUUCGUUUAAUGGAUAUAUCGUGUAUCUAUUCGUCGUUACCGUUGAUAACGUUUUGUUCAAUUACUAUGAAAAUCGUUUUGCGAAAAAGUUAUAAAAAUAGAGAGAGAGAGAGAGAGAGAGAGAGAGAGAAAGGGAGAAGAAUAUAAAUGUAGGUAUAGAAAUAGAAAUAGAACGUUCUCACGUAAAAAAAAAAAAAAGAAUAUUUCAUUCAACCGCCCACUACUAUCGCUACUACUAUUAUAUUAUAUUACUACUACUAGUACUAUUAUCCUUACUGCUACUAGCCAUCGUUUAAAAGCACUCGACAAAAUUCGAAAAAUACGUCCUUGUACUCGUUCUUUUCAAUCUACAAACAUAUACACGUUUAGCGUAUACGUCGUAGAAAUAGUGCAAAAGAGAAAGAGAGGGAGAGAUUUAUAAAAAAAAAAGGAUUCGUUGAUAGGAGUGGACAAAGUAAUGAAAAAUCUAUUCCAUCGAAUAGUUUUGUUGUUUCUUUUUCGUUUUUUAUUUAUUUCUUCUUUUUUUUUACGAACUUCUUGAUAACACUAUGUAUAUUACAAAAAAAUGUGUUAUAUGAAACUAGGAAUGAUUUAGAGAGCUUACGAAAAAAAGAGAAAGAAGAUAGUUCGUUGUUUUCGUGCAUGGAUUGAACUGGUUAAAUAAUACGAAAAGAGGGAAAUGGCUCUAUAGGAAAAUGUGAAAGUACCAGCGAGUCAAUUUAGAAUGACGUGAAUCGAUUUGCUAUGUAACAGGGCAUCGACGUGUUGUUAUUCGUGGUAAAAGCUUACGACAAAACCCAACGUUAAAGUAGCCUUCUACAUAUACAUAUAUGUAUAUAUAUACUUUUUUAAAUAUUCAUAGAUUUAUGCAUAAGUACAUACUAUGUGGUAAAUGAGAACGGUCAAUGGCUAUCGCUUUUAAUUAUGGCUAACGCUCGUUUAUAUUUCAUGUUAUUGUUGUUGUUAUUAUUAUUAUUAUUAUUAUUAUUAUUAUUACUAUUAUUAUUAUUAACUCUUUCAGGUAUAACUAUAUCGACUUUAUCGAAACUCAGUUGCGAUAACGAUAAGUUUCUCGUAUAAUAUUAUUAAACGAAAUUUCAAAGUUUGAAGAAACGUCUCCCGUAUUAUUUUUACAUAAAUUCGUAAUAUAUCGAUAUAUUUGUGAUUAUGUAAUAUUAAUUAUAUUACAGUAUUAAUUAUAUAUUACAGAAAUAUGUAUGCGUUUGUAAAAAUUCAAAGAGAAUCCGUCCGUCGUCUUUUUUCCAUCGAAGUAGUCAAAUAUAAUACUUUCUUCUUUUGGAAUCAUCAUCAUCAUCAUCCUUUCAACGCGACGAUCAUUAAACGUCAUUAUUUAGAGAUUAGAAAUACGAUUGAAUGGGAAGAGAAGCUGUGCUACAGGGGGGAGGGGACGAAGAUGUAAAAUUUAGAGAUACGUACGAGUUAUCGUCGUUUUAAAAAUCAGAAAAGAUUGUUGCGAACUUUCUUCUCUUGUACGAAAGAGAAUAGAUCUUUUAUAUACAUAAAUAUCUAGAUAUAACAACGAGUUGAUUAUCUUGUAAGAUUUAUCGAUUAUCACUUCGAUAUCUACGCGUACUCAUUAAUGUCUCGGCGUACUUUAAACUCGUCUCGAUAAGUGGAUAAAUUUCAUGUCUGUUCUUUUUCUUUUUCUCUUUCUCUCCAAUGUUUUUUAUUUAUUAUUUUUGUAUUUUAUCGUAAUUUUUUCUUCUUCUUCAAUGAUCCCUCGCGAUUCAACUUUUACGAUAUUUCGCACGCUAAGUCCUUUAUGAAAACUCAUUAAGAUGAAAUUAAAUAACACUUAGUUUUAUUCGUAGAAAACGGCGCCUCCGUCGAGAGACUAUUUCUCUCUUUAUGCAUUUACUAAAUCAUCCGAGAAUUUCAAUAAAUUAUCAUGAAACAUUGAUCUUUAUCUAUCGUAGAAAUCGUAAGAUCAAAGCGUUGAAUAAUCGUAUAAGCAACUAAGUAAAUAAUUAUUUAUACUUGCUUAAAAAAAAAAGAGAGAAAAGAAACGACGACGAAAAAAGAAAAAUGAAAGAAAAAAAGAAAGAAAUUCUCAGAAGUCCUGAAGGAAUCAUUAUAAAAGUUAAUACUUAAUGGACGAUUGUUAUUUUAUCGCGAUGUUUAUAAUUUUUUAUUUUUAUUACUUUUUAUCAUUAAUAUUAUAGAGUAUAGUAAUCGAACGUAGUAGUAGAUCUUUCAAACGAACUAAGAUUAAUAUCGGCAAUGGUCUCGAUCUCGUCUUAGCGGCCUUUUCCAUCGCAGAAGGCAAGGCGAAAGGUUUCCAUCCAUGUUAACAGACGUCAUUGCGUGUUCGUCUCGUCAACGGGAUGUUCUCUCUCUCUCUCUCUUUCUCUCUCUUUCUUUAUGUAUCUCUCUAUCUCCGUCUCUUUCAAUCUUCCUUUCUUUCUUUCUUUCUUUAUUUCUUUCGUUAUCAUGACGUCAACGUCGGUUAGUCGAGAUUAUGCGUGCGAUUCAUUUUAUGAGACAAGGAACCUUACCCAUGUGAUACGAUGUGGUGUUAGUCUAAGAAUUACAUUGAGAACAUCUGCAAUAACAUUUGAUUUCUUAUCUCGAUAUCUAACCAACCGUAACGCGAAAUAUUAGCAGAUAUUAUUCACGAUAAUCAUAGUUAUAUCGGAGUUAUGUACAUAACGUAUAAAACGAAGUUGGGAUGGGAUACUCUUGGAACAGGUCGUUCGAAGGACGCGAAUUAUAUUAUAUAUAUGAUUUUUGUAAUGAAUAUAUAGGCGUGUGUGUGUAUAUAUAUAUUUUUUUAUUUAUAUUAAAAUAUCUCUGAUAUUUCUAUAAAGACGGCGGAGUUAUUUAGGUCUCUCCUCCCUCACAUAUAUGCUCUCUCUCUUUAUAUAUAUUGAGUUUUUAUAUAUCUCUGACUCUUUCUAUAGGAUUAGAAAUUUCCAAUAAAAUUUUAGAAUCUUAAAUAAAUAAACGUUAAUAGAAUUUUUAUCGUUCGACGAUGUAAGUACCUCACGUAAUAAAAAUAUAAUACACGUCUCUGCGUACGUGUAAAGAGAGAUAGAGAGAAAGAAAAAGAAAAAAAAAAACAAAAAAGAGAAAAAAGUUAGCGCGACGAAUAUUAACCGUCCUUUUGAAGCAACUUCGAAAGUCGUCAAGUUCUCAGUAGUUUCGCCAAGAGUUAGAAGAGAGUUCUUCUCUCUCGUUCUCGACGAGAAAUCCCGAGAUACAGCCAGGCGUCGUCCAAAAGUGGAAUACAAGAAGAAAGCAAAGAGGAAAUAAGAAAGAAAGAAGGAAAGAGAGAAAGAAAAAGAAAGAGAGAGAGAGAGAGAGAGAUAGAUAGAAAGAAAGAAAGAAAGAAAGAAAGAGGAACGAAAGACGAGGAAAGUUUCCAGAGAAGGCGUUUUCAAAAAGCAAAAAGGGUUGCUUUUGCUCUGAUGGUAGUACCAUGAUAUCUCCAGCCUUUAUUUCUCUCUCUCUCUCUCUCUCUCUCUUUCUCUCUAUCUAUUUCUCUCUCUCUCUCUCUAUUUCUCUCUUUCUUUUGGUCUUGUCUCUUGAUGAUAAAAAGCUCUCGACGAUGAGAGGAAAGACGGUUGCCUCGUAGUUUUCGGAUGUUGGAUUUCUCUCUCUCUCUCUCUCUUACUUUCUCUCUGUUCCUCUUGCUCUCUCGAAGAAAAUAAAAGAAAGAAAGAAAGAAAGAAAGAAAGAAUCGCAAAGGAAGACGACACGAUCCUUCGUGGACGAUAAAAAAAUAUUCUGUGGAUGGGAUAAAAAGUCUCAGAACGUGAACAUACGCGAACGCAAACACACACGUAGACGCAUACACGAAUCAUAGUUUUUCUUUCGAUCCUUAAUCGCAUAUGGUAUAUAUAAAUCGGUGUAGACGGUGGAAAGCUUACGGAGUCAUUCGUAUUACCAUUUCGAACGAUAUCCUUCUUUCUCAAUUUCUUUUCUCUUUUUAGGAAGAGAGAAGGAGAAAGAGAACGGACGUAAAUAAAUAAAUAAAUACAUACAUACAUACAUACAUACAUACAUAUUAACGCACACACACAUAUGUAUCCUUCUUACGUAUAUGCGUUAUAUGCACCUGCGAAUCUUAUUUGGCUUGUCGUGUUUCCAAGCGUUGAGAUCUUUUACUGAUCAACGCCGCGUGCGUUUUCCUCCUUUUUUUAUCGUCUCCUCCAAGAUCCGUGAGGAGGAGAAAGAGGAGGAGGAGGAGGAAGAGAAAGAGAAAGAGAAGGAGGCGUCUCUCACAUCCUCGAGUUGACUUUUACAAACGCUCAAACUUCAUAAAUUAUUUAUCAAUUUGGACAAAAUAGGAGUACCAUACACUUACAUUUCUUUUACCUACUGUGAAACGAGAAAGGGAAAGAUUAUAUUAUUUUGGUCCACGUGUCGUCUCCCUUAUCGAGGUACGAUUAAAUUUUAUUAUAAGUCGACAUCGAAAUUUUCUUUUCUUUUUCUUUUUUUUAUCGAUCAGAUAAUCCGAACGUGUACGUGUACACGUAUCUAUGUACGUCUGUAUGUAUGUAUGUAUCUAUCUAUCUGUAUAUGUGAGGCGUUUAUUUUAUCAAAUUCGGUUAACUUUCAAGGACAUAUUUAUCGAAACCCUAUAGAAACUAUCCAUGAAGAUACAUGACGGCUACCCUUUAAUCCCAAGAUUCCAAAGAAUUUUGCUAUUAAUAUCGCCGGUCGGAAUAGGGUGGAAAAUUUUGCUUGAAAAUCGUGCGGUGUAAAUGACGCGCAACCUGCAUGAACGCCGCACGCGUGUUUUAUCAGAGAUUCUCAAAUUACACCGAAGAGAUUUUCUUUAUCCGACCUGUUUAAUCGUUUAUCAGCAAUAAAACAAAUUAUCUAACGACAUUUAUGGUAGUAUCAAGCGAUCGACUUCCUCGCCGUGAAUUUCAUGGUAAAUCGUUGAAAACGAGGAUGAAAUGUGACGAAACGAAAAAUGAAGUUUCGUUGGAAGUUGAGUAUCACUGUAUUAAAGCAGACGCCUCGCCACGUUGCCGUACUUUCCAGACCCCACUCUUCUAUCGACCGAGCAACGUUGCCAGCUCCUUUUCCGCGCCUUUAUCACCCUCUCACCCCUCUACCACCCUCUCUCUUCUCCUCCCCCCUCGCGGCGCCCCUUUCCAUGCGCUCCCUCCGCUACUCUCUUCCAUCUUUUUCCCUCCAACCUCACCCUCUCGAGUCUUCUCUCUUUCUCUCUCUCUCUCUCUCUCUCUCCCCCUCUCUCUUAGUCUCCCAUAUUUCUCUCUUUAUCCUGACUUUGGCUUCCGAGACGUCAGACUACUCUCUCUCUUUCUCUUUCUCUCUUGUUGUUUUCCUCUCUUCCUUUCUCUAUCUCUAUCUCUAUGUCUAUCUCUUUCUCUCUCUCUCUCUCUCUCUCUCUCUGAUUCUCUCUCGUUGUUUCCCUCUCUUCCUUCGUCUCUCUCUCUCUCUCUCUCUCUCUCUAUCUCUCUGUCUAUCUCUAUCUAUCCUUCUUUCCAGUUGUAUCUUCACCUCCUUCCACCUCUCUUAUACAGCUGUUUCACCUUCCUAGGGCAGAUGCCAUGGCUAGGUGCAACGUCACCUUUAUCGUUUCCCCUUUCUUCGUUUUUCAUCUUAUUUUGCUCCCUCUUUCUAUCUCUCUCUCUCUUUUCUCUCUUUUUCUUUCUUUUGCAAUUGCUCGAUAAAUGCAGUCCAACCACGAAGGGCCAACCAAGUCGACCUCGAUCCCUCCUAAACUGCAUUCGUAUUUCAUCGAUCUAUUUAAAUGUAAGCCAGAAAACUCUAAGCGAUCUCUUUUAGCCUCGAGUGAUUCACCAGUAACGACAUUGCUUUUUUCGCGUAAGACCCUGAGAAUGAUUACGAUGUAUCCAUCGCAUUAAACUCGUAAACGCCUGUGAUCGAGGGGAUAGAAAAAUUGAAUUACAAAAAAAAACGAUAAAGGAAUUAAUUAUAAGAAAAGAAAAAAUAAUAUAAAAUAAAAGAAUAAAGGGAAGAAAAAAAAAGAAUCCGAAAGGCAGAAGGAAAAAAAAGGUACGUUUGAAAGUUAUAAGAAUCGAGAGAUUUUCGAGGUCGACCUCGUUCGCUUUUUUAUUUCUUUUUCUUCUUCUUCUUCCUUUUUUUUCCUCGAGGUUCUUCUUCAAAGUAUACACAUAUAAGGAAGAGAGGCUGAUCUCUCUCUGUCGGCUUUCUCUUUCAAUCGGGAAAAGACAAAUUUCAAGCUUAUCUCUCUCUCUCUCUCUCUCUUUCUCUCACUCUCUCAUUCCAUGUCUAUCUAUCUGUCUACCUCUCUCUCUCUCUCUCUUUAUAUAUAUAUAUAUACAAACGUUCAUCCUCCAGCGAAUUUGUCUUCUUCUUUUUUCCUUUUUUUCUCUUUCUUUUUUUACUUUUCUUUUCAUCUUCAACGUAACAUGAACGUCAUAACGAGCGUAUAGAGAAAGAUAGGGGGAGAAAAAAGAGAGGAAGAGAGAAAUAGAAAAAGAGAGAAAGAAAGAGAGAGACCUCGAGACCUCUUGACACGGCUGCACCUUCAUGAAGUACACCACCUACGAUAUUAGUCCGUGCAAAGUAGUACUCGUGAACUCGUGCGACGAGAGAAGGAUGUGCGUCGUCUACCUUUCUCCUUUUCUUUUUCUUUUCUUUUUUCUUCUACUUCUUUUUUUACUAUCUUCUUCCUUUUCUUCUUCCUCUUCUUCUUCUUCUUCUUCUUCUGCUUUUUCUUCUUUUUCUUCUUCUUGUCUUUUCAUUUUUCUUUGAAAAACGUCACGAUCGAUAGUCGACCUGGAUGUUCACUGAGAAGUGAAAUCUCAGAGGAAAUGGAAAAAAGAAAGAGAGAGAGAGAGAAAUAGAGACGAGUUUUAUUAAGACUAAGGUCAUCCUAAAAAAAUAUUAUUUUCGUUGUUUGAAUUGAAAAUAAUAAAAAGAAAAAGAAACGAAAAGAGAGUAGAAAAAGGAAAGAGAAGAAGAAAGAUAAAGACAAAAAAAUUCGAUUACGACGAAGAGAAAUUCGCUCGAUUAGAAUUUAUUAGAAAGCUUGUUACAUCUAAUAGAAUAUAUACGUCGUUAAAUACUUUGAAAUCUUUGAAGAAGAUACAAGUGGAGUCUGAGGGAGGGAAAAAGGGCUUGUCAUGAAUGGCUGACUUCGUCGACACGCAUAUGCACAUCGUCCGUGUCACAGUGUGGGUAAAAGUAUACGCCGCGAUGAACUCAGAAUGGAGGAAGGAGAGAAAGAGAGAGAGAGAGAGAGAGAGAGAAAUAAUAAUAAUGUCUAUGUCUAAAAAAAGAGAAGGAAUGUUUGUAUGGGAAUCCCUCCCACGUCGUUCAAGAUGAUCCUUUUCGUCUGAUUCUUCUAAUAUCAAAUAUCGUUUAAAUUCUAAUCGCUCGAAAUUAAUACACGUAUAAUCCUUUGAUGUUUUCCUUUCUUUUUAUCUUUAUUCUUUUUUAUUUUUAUUUUUACACGAGUCUCUCUCUCUUUCUCUCUAUCUCAAAAAUAAUUAGCACUUGUCAUUAGAAUUUGAAUCAAUCGAAUCGUUUUUAUUUCCAUGUCACUUUCUCUCUAAUGAAGCGAACUUUUGAAUCUCUUGAAUUUUCUUUUCUUUCGUUCUUCGUCUAGUACUCGUCGAUUAGAAUUUGGAUUUGAAACAAUUUCCUUUUUUCUUUUCUUAUGAAUCCUCUUAUUCAAUCCUCUCCAUAUUAUUCUAUUUUAUAUAUAAUUAAUAUUUUAAUUGUUUCUUAUUGUACGUCUCUUGAUUGGGUGUAAUUAAAUUCAAACGAAUACAUAUAUAUAUAUAUAUAUAUCCUUAGUUCGAACUAAACGCUGAACAAAGAGCUCGUUCUCGUCCUUUCUCAGUCAAAGAUGCAAGCGAAAGGAAUAUAUAUAUAUAUAUAAAAUUUUAAAGAAAAAAGAAGGAGAAGGGAAAAAAAUGGAGUUCUUCCUUUCGGUCGGUCGAAAGCCGGUAUAUAACGUUCAGUGGCGUGCUUCGUGGUGUGACCGUGCGCAGGCCGCGUAUAUCCUCGCUCCAUUAUUAAUUUCAGAGCUUCGUAGAAGAUGCACGUGUGUGCAACGUGUGCAUGUGUGUAUUUGCAUGUAUAAGUGCGUGCAAACACGCGAUCAUCAUCAUCGUCGUCGUCGUCGUAGUCGUCGUCGUCGUCUCAUGUUUGUUCGAUGGUCAUUCUCAUGAUACAAAAAACAGACCUUUUUUUCCCCUUCCUAGUUCUAAAAAAUUUAUUUUCCAUUUUAAAUUAUUUAAAUUACCGAUCGAAAGGAUCUCUCUCUCUCUCUCUCUCUCAUAUAUUGGUAUUCUUUAUUAUUAUAACUAUGAACAUGAUAUAAUAUAAUUAUUAAAUAUAACGUAACGAUUAACAAUGAAGAUAAUACUGAUAGUAAUAUUACUUUGUUCGUUGUUGUUAUUGAAUAUAUCUUGUUCGAUUGAAUGCAAAUUUCUUUUUGAAAGGCUAUGAUAGAUCUUUAAAGAAUCGUUAUCAAAGCACACGGAUGAAAUCGUCCGAAUGGAAAUUGAGCGUUGAAAAAUAGAAGUGGAUUGAUCUUUGAUCCGCGUGCGACUCGUAGCGCAUUCUCCUCGUUCGGCCAGGAAAAGGGCGAAAUUUCGCGACACGAUUAUUAUCCUGGUCCAAAUGUCACGGCGGCGAUCGUUAAAUGUCAAACGCUCGCCCGCAUUGAUUUUGCUCGUCGAACGUCAUGAACGAUUUUCAUCGGUUCUGUCUCUUUAAGAAUGAUCUUGCGAAAAAGAAACAGAGAGAGAGGGAGAGAGAAAGAGAGACGGAGAUAGAGAAAGAGAUCACGAUUCCAUAUGUAAGUAUUAUUUCCGUAAGAUACAACACGAGUUUCGUUUUCGUUAGCUUUUCCUUUGGAUCGUAAUUGUUUCGUAAAAUUAUUCAUUCGUUAUUACGAUCUUAAAAAACAAUUUAAAUUCAUUUCUAUCGAGAUUAAUUAAUCGCGAGUGCAUCGGAUUAAUGUUUUCUAGAAAAAUAUGUUGUUGUGGUUUUUUCCCUUUCCUUUUCUUUUCUUUCAACGCAAAGAAGAGGGAGAAGAAGAGGAGGAAUGAAGGUCAACGAACCCUUGAAAGUCCUCGCUAAAUCCCAUGGCCUCUUCUCUUCCCUUCACCUUCCUUCGUUCCGGCAACGUCCAAACCCGAGACUCCAAUUUUAUCCUUCCGCCAGCUGCGAGGCUCCUCUUCCCUCGUUUAUUUCUCGUUAGGAGGCUUCGUCGACUUGGCGAAAUGGAAAAGGAAUAUUUUAUUUAAAAAGAAAAAAGAAAGAAAGAAAGAAAGAAAAGAAAAAUGAAGAAGAGAAAGAAAUCGAUCGACGUUUAAACAUUCUCUUUCCAUUUUCUUUUUCUUUCUUUUUCCUUUCUUCUUCUCUCUACAUAAUAUAUAUAUAUAUAUGCAAAAAAAGAAAAAAAAAAAGAUUAACAAAAACACAGUCCGGAGUUUGAUCAUUUAAAUCGCUAAUGAAACUUCAUUUGUGGAAAUAAUGAAACUGCUACUUUCCGAAAGGUCUCUCGACGCGUGAAAAAAGAGAACGUCUUCGAGUUUGAAAUUCAAGGUCAUCCAAAGAUCAGAAUCCUUUCUCCUUAAACAUAGAUAGACACAUGGUCAGCAACAACCAUCGUGGUUUUCCAGUGUCACCGACAUUCGCUCUCUCUCUUUCUCUCUCUCUCUCUCUCUCUCUCUCUCUCUCUCUCUCUCUCUAGAUCUAUCUAUCUAUCUAUCUUUCCAAGGUAUCAGACACCUCUCUCUCUCUCUCUCUCUCUCUUUCUGUAACACCACGAAGAGAAGCUUUUUUCUUUUCUCUUUUUUUAACGAACUAUCGAACGUGGGUCGCAGCUUUUACGCGUCGUUCCACGCGAGAUAAUGUCACCUCGGUCUGUGCACGAUUAUCGAUAUAUUGCGUGGACGCAGAACCGCGUUAAGAGACACAUUGUGCCUUAUAGUGUUAACCAUUCUUGCCGUUGCCGUUGCUGCUUAUCCUUAGCUUGGACGGAAUGCGUCCAAUGAAAGCAAGGUUGAUCCCAUGGAGAUUGCAUAUGAUAAUUCCUGAUCGAUUAUAUACGUGCACGCCCCAGUUUCCAUAACUUAUUAACUCUUUUCGAAAAUUCCCAUUUCCUUUUCUUUUCUUUUCUCUUUUUUUUUGUUAUUAUUAUAUGUUCUUUUCUUUUCGUUCGAUAUCGUCAUAUUCAUAUUUAUCUUCGUCUUCUUUUUCUUCAUCGUCAUCAUCAUCAUCAUCAUCAUCAUCAUGAUCAUGAUCAUCUACAUUCCAAGUAGUGAAAGUCGAAACUCUCGAUAGCGAUUACCAAUCGAUUACUCUUUACGAUAGUACAACGCUCAUAAGGAAUCUUGAAGUCUUAAUUAAUCACUAACACUGGAUAGAUACGAUUGAUUGCAUAAACCGUCAAUAAGAAAAACUAUUUACAAUUGUACAAUUGCUAUUCUCGCUUAACCUAAUCAAAUCAUUUUCCACGUUUCAUAUAAUACGUAACUACUUACAUACACAUAUGUAUAUACAAAUAUACAUAUAUAUAUAUAUACAUCCAAUUCAUUUAUUUAUCUCAUUGAUAGAGUCAUAAAUGUGUUUUACCUCGAUAGAACUCUAGCACUUACGUUAAAGCCAUUUUCAUGGGUAACGAUAUAUUUCCUGGCAUAGCUAACCAUAUUCACACAGACAUACACUCACACAUUCACACACAUAUACAUUCUGUAUAUUUAGUUUACGAUAAAUAAAGAGAAAGAGAAAGAGAAGGAGUAUACAGUCGGACUACUACAUAAUCGAUCGGGAUCGGAGACAACUAAAUUCAGGUCCGCGUCAAACGGAAAAGGAAUUAUGAACGGACCGGUCCCGAUAGCAACACGUCGUCCCUUUCCUCCUCCUCCUCCUCCUCCUCCUCCUUUUCCUCCUCCUCCACCUCCUCCUACUUCUUAGUUUCUGCUCACGCAAUGCGCGUUUCUCUUCGAGUAGUGCAAGGAGUUGCACUUAAUAACGGUACAAAACGCGGAAGCGAUUGGCACGCGACUUCUCGGCUCUUUAUCUCCGCUCACGAUCCGACUUAUAUCUGUCUCUCUCUUUCUCUUUCUCUUUUUCUCUCUCUCUGACUCUGUGUUUCUUUCUCUUUCUCUUUCUCUUUCUCUUUCAAUGGCUCUCUAUCUUUGUCUCUCUGUCGUAUCUCUCUUUCUCUCUCGGGUCUUUCUUUCUCCCUCUUUAUUUCUUUUAUUUAUAUCCCUUCUUUUUUUAUUUCUCUAACAUUCGCUUUGGGUUCCCUAUACUUACGAAACUCAUGGCGAACGCGUGGUACGCGACAGCGCGACAUUCUCCGGCCGAACUUUGGACGUAAUCCUAACGCUGAUCGAGUUAUCGAGACUUUCAUAUAAUACGGCCUUCAACGAGUUUCCAUAGCUUCGUUAGAUUUAUUCCUAACUAAUUUCUUUCUUUUUCCCUUUUUUAUUUUCUCUUCUUCUUGUCUCUUCUUUUCCUUCCGUUUUCCUUCUUCCUUUACUUUUCCAGUUUUUCUUUUCCCUCUCUUUUUAUCCUUUCUUCCUGCAUUUACUUCCUUUUCUUUUUCUACUUCCUUAUUUCUCUCGUUUCCGUACGGGGAAAGAAAAAAAAAAAAGGAAAAGGAGAAGGAAAAGGCUCCGUUACGUACUCAUUCUCGUUUUUGUUUUAUACGUUAGCUCGAUCUUAAAAGAGAAAAAUGAAAUUGAUAAUAAUAAUGAUAAUGUUCGUUAGAAAAAGUGUUACAUCAUUUAUAGAGAAACUUCUUCUUCUUCUUCUUCUUGUCUUUUUCUAUUUCAUUUUCCCCAGUCAUUCAUGAGACAAACAUUAUCUUUUCCUUUCUUUUUCUGUUUUUUUUUUUUCUUUUCUUUUCUUUUCUUUUUGUCCGAUCGAUGAGUCUAAAAUCCCCCAUAGAAAGUAUACUAUUCGCUCGUCUCUAUUCAACUCCGUUGUAUGUCGUAGAAAAAAAGAAAGAAAGAAAGAAGAAAAAAAUGGAAAAAGAAAAGAAAGAGGUAAAAGACAUUAGCCAAGAAGAACUCAGCACGUUUCUUUAACGUGUUAUUAGGGGUGUGCAAAAGCAAAAUCUAUUUUCGAGACUGACAUGUCAGGGGACACCUUCGUUACCCUAUCUUGUCACGUGUCUCAUCUAAUCUUACAAGCUAAUGACUACCUGGCAAUUUACUGUAAGCGAUCGUCAAGGCUAAUAACUAUCUCUCUCCACUCUAAUGAACUAUUUUCUUCUUCUUCGAUAUGAAUACUCCACACACAGACGUACACAUAUAUAUCUAUGUAUAUAUAUAUACACGCACGCGUAGAUAUAUACAUAGACACACUGAAACACCAUAGUCUCGCGAGUAUUAUUUCCACUGUGAUCUAAUUAUUCUAUUAUUCGAGUAUGCGACUUACUAACGUAUACUUUCCUUUAACAUUCUCUCUCUCUCUCUCUCUCUCUCUUUUCUUUCUCUUUCUCUUGCUCUCUCGCGUGUAUUCAAUCCAGAUGGUAGAAGGUAUGCUAUGGGUGCACGAUCAUUGGCAAGUAUGUACUUACCUACGUUAACGUUCGCCUAAAAAGGGGAGCUUCAAACCAAACCAUUCUAACUGUUUCACUCGCUCAUACAACUAACACCUGGAUAAAUGCAUAACCAUAUGAUAAUAGAGAAAAGGGAAGGGGGAUGGGAAGAUCGCUAAUAUAUAGAUCGACGAUUUUUUAAUUUUAUUAAUCGAAAUAAAAAAUAAUAUUUCAUGUAUGUAAAUAUUAGUUAUCGAAUUCUCUCUUUAUCUUUUUUCUAACACGAUAUUAAUCGACACGUAAUUAAGUGAUAAUUAAUGCUCGUACGAUUUUAUUGCCUUUUCUAACGAUCUCUAUACGUAUGUACAUAUGUGUAUAUCUAUGUAAGUACGUAUUGAUCUUAUGUGAAAGAUAAUACAUGGAUGGAAAGAGUGAGUCGAUGCUGAUUCGAGGACUCAAAGGUAGACGAAAGGUACUUAACAGAGAGAGAGAGAGAGAGAGAGAGAGAGAGACUCUUUGGUAUCGAGACUUUCAAGCCUUUCUAUGACGACAGGCAAAACUCGAGACAGCGGCCACGGCUAUUUGAUUACACGCUGAUCACUCGUUCAGAAAGAGAAAGAGAAAAAGAGAGGGAGAGAGAGAGAUAAACACCUGUCGAUAUUUUCUUUCUCUCUAUCUAUCUAUCUAUCUAUCUAUCUAUCUAUUUAUCUAUCUAUCUAUCUAUCUAUCUAUCAGGCUAUCUCCUUCUUUCUUCCUCUUUAAUCGGGAAAGUUAUAGGCAAUUAACGAUAUAUACGUUUGUAUGCUAUCUCUCUCUCUCUCUCUCUCUCUUGUUUUUUCUUUUAGUUUCAUAGUUGUCUUGCGGUGAAAAGUAAUUCGAUUUAAAUCGGGAAUGAUCACGUUUUUCUCGAUCAAUAUAGAUCGAAUCAUUGAUUCGAGCUUAUACGGUGCAUGGAUCGUUAGAUACAAUAUUUUUAAUUGGAAGUGAAAUUUAUCAUCGAGUAUCGAUGAAUAAAAAUGGAUAUUGUGUUUUAACCAAGGAAAAAAGGAAAAAGGAAAGAAAGAAUGAAAUCAAUUACAUAAGGAAUUCUUUCAUUGAAAAGAUUUCGAUUGAAACUUUAUUGAGAUCGAACAACAACCGUGUUCGAGUAAACGCGUGAGCCACGCUCCCAUUGUUUUUCUCUUUCUUCUUCUUCUUGUUCUUCUUCUUCUAUUGUUUCCUUCUCUCUUUUCAUUUCUUACAUUUUGACAUUAUUUCGUCACAUCGUAAUUGCAUCAUCAUCGUUCAGCUGAAAUCUCAUUCAUAUCUCUCGAAGUUUAAAUCGUGAGUGAAUCUCUUCUUCAUUGAUCGAUCUCAACAAAGGACGUUUUCAUUUAAACAUUAAACAUUAAACAUUAGUAACCAUGACGUCGUGUCGUGAAAAAAGAAGAAAAGAAGAAUAAAUCUCGAAUGAAAUGAAUUGGUAUGUGUUAAGACACGCGUUGAAUUAAAUCGAGAAAAAAAUUUGUUGAAUUUAUUACGAAUUCGUGAUUCAGUUAGUUAGAUAUAUAAAUAUAUAUAUAUAUAUAUUUAUACUUUUACAAAAAAAAAUGAUUAAUAAUACAUGACCAUAAAGAUAAGAUAAAUCAAUAGAAUAUCUGAUAAAUAGUAAAACUAGCUCGGUUGGGAGGUAAAGAACGCUGCGAUCUAUCGAGUCUUUAACGCCUCGACAUUGUAAGGAAAGAUUUAUGAACGAUGUUAAAGCGGCUACUUGUAAUCAGUCGUAACGUGCGACGAAGAAAGAUAAGGUUAAAAGAGAGAGAGAGAGAGAGAGAAAGAGAGAGAGAGAAAGAGAGAGAGAAAAGAAAGAUCAUGUGUGUAGGCAAGCUAACUGCUAACUCUGGCAAGCAAGUUAGCUAGCUAGCUUAGCUAGCUAGCUAGCUAACCAAAGCGAGCUUGACUGUUCGUUCGCCUAAGAAAAGGAAUUAUGGCAGUCCGACGUAUUUUCUUGAACGAGCACAAGUAAGUAACAGUCCUCCUCUCUUCGCGUCUCUCUCUCUCUCUCUCUCUCUCUCUCUCUCUCUCUCUCUCUCUCUCUCUCUCUCUCUCUCUUUCUCUCUCUCUCUCUCUCUCUCUCUCUCUGGCCACUCCUUUCGCGGGCUACCACUUUAAGGAUGCAUUUACAUAAGUAAACCUUCGAAGGAGUUUGCAUUUGUAUGUUGCAUAGAUGAUCGAGACAGGUGUAAGAUCUCUCAUCGUAUCAUGGAUAUUACAUAUAAUCUUAAUUAAAUGAAAUUAUUAAACUUUGUUUUUUAUCCUUUUUUCUUUGUAUGUAUAUAUAUAUAUUUUUUUUUAAGAUCACGUAAUGAAAUUUUAUACACAGUAAUUUGAUAAAAAGGUAUCAAUUUCCUUUUUUUUUUCUUUUUUUCUUAUUUUCCUUUUUCUGGGCUUUCUUCAUCCUUGUCUCUUUGUCUGAUCGAAAGAGUUGUACGAUCUCUCGUCGUCAUCGAAUAUUGCAAAUGAUUUUAAUUAAAUGGAAUCACUAGACUAUCUUCUUCCUCUUUUCUGAGAUUAUCUAAUUAAAUUUUAUGUAAUUGGUAAAAAGGUAUUAAUUUCUUUCUUCUUUUCUCGUAUUUUUCAUUGAGAAAUUUUCCACUCUUUUCAUCCAUCUUGUCUCUCUUUCUCUCUCUUUCUGUUUUUGUCUUAUCGUGGAUACUUUUCUCUCGUCAUUCGUUUUAAGGUCGCAUUUACAUAAGUAAACUCUCUCUAAUGGGUUAGACGACUAAGUGCUGGACACCAGCGAUAAUCACGUGCGUUAGAGAACAGCGUUCCACGAAACUCCACUCUCCUUGAAUCUCUUUUUCUCCUACUUUUCUUCUUUUACUUCUACUCCUUCUCCUUCCUCUUCUUCCUUUUUGCCUAUCUAUCUUUUUUAUCAUACCAAAGUUGCAAAACGAUUUGUUUGAUGUAUGAUUUAGAGAAAAAAAAAACGAAGAACAUAAAAAAAAGGACGAAGAAUAAGUACUACAUACGAGAAAGUUUUCCUUCUCUAAAUCCAUGGUGUUCGUUUAUUACCAAGAGGAAGUUAAAAGGUCCUAACCAAAAAAAAACACACCCAUAUAUAUAUAUAUAUAUAUAUAUAUAUGUUUAUGUAUGUGUCCGCGCGUUAGGAGGUAUGUAUAUGAAAUAGAAACUGCACAAUCGAGGGCCGAGCGUUACUCAAUAGGAAUUAUUCAUAACGUCCGUCCGGCUCUCGUGGCUUUCGAAUGAAACGCGUUUCUUUCAAAUUCUAAGCUCGCCCGGUUAGAGGUUUUAGAAAAGGAAAUAUAUAUAUAUAUAUAUAUAUAUAUAUAUAUAUGCUAGUUGCCAAGCUGCUAGUAAAAACGAAUUUAUUAUAGAUAAUCUCGAAUAUCAAUAUUUUUAUUGAAUAUUUUUUGGAUCGAGCUCUACGAAACUUUAUUUCGCACAAAAGCCUAUUAUCUAUAAAUUUGGAUAUAUCGAUGGAAGAAAGAUAGAAGAAGGAUAAGGUUUUUGAUGAAAGAAAAGAGAGAGAGAGAGUACUAUGUACGUCCUUGAAGGUCUUCCUCGUCGACAGGCUCGGCUUCACGAAGCUAGUAGUCGAGACAGACCAGUCCGUCCUUUUCUCACGGCUGUGGAUCGACGCUCGACAUACCUAAACCUUCCAUCAACAGCUGGCCAAUCGAGGGACCAGCUGCGCUUCCUGUCGACGACACGAAUCAUCUAGAAAGUGCUUCUUUAUUUCUCUCUCUCUCUCUUUCUCUUUCUCUUUCUUUCUUUCGUUUCGUCUGUCCAUCGUCUGGCCAGGUCAAAGACACCGAAUUUGAAAAAAACUUUCCAUUGGAUCCAAAACCAGAUCCCAUCCAGAUCAAUAUAUGGAAAUAUUCUUUCGUUUAUAUAAAUUAUUUCCCAUGACGAAUAGUCUGACAAUAUUUUCACGUUACUUUUUUAUAAUUUAUUUAAUCUAUGA